AUGCGAAUCCCAUUUCGCGUGGCCGUCGCCAUUGCGCUCGUUGGCGCCAUUUUCGUCUUGAAGCAGCACCUGAACUCGAUCGGCGAGCAAUGGCAGUCCGCCAAAGCGCAAGUCGCUAAUUAUGUCGUGAAUGAAGACGGCGCACACAUCGAGCUGGUCUCGGGUCGUGUUUCGUCUGCGCGGUAUGAUCCCACGCCAGCGCCAUCGAAAACUUGGCUGGAACCGACAAAGCCGGCGUUGCCGAAACCCGACUUUGUUCCACAGCAGAUCCCCGUCGACGUUCCGGAGCCCCAGCCGUUCGAUUGGUACUUGGAUGAUUAUCUAGAGGAGCUCCAGUUGGAACUGGAGAUGGCGCAGCAGGAAGAGGAAGAGGAGAAGAAGAAGAAGAAGGAGAAGCAAAGGACAAAGCCGCCAAGGCCCACGGUGUCACCCAUGACUGAUCGUGUCGUGGUUCUUGGAAAGAUGUCUUGGGAAGACACUGACUGGCUGGAUGAAGAGCUACCAGAAUGGCAGCAUGCCGUGUACACGGUCAAUGAUCCCAACGCAGAUCUGACCGUUCAAGAAAAUAAAGGCAAGGAGAGCAACGUUUAUCUACAGUAUAUCGUCGACAACUACGACAAGCUUCCGCAGUACAUGGUCUUCCUGCACGCCCAUCAAUUUAGCUACCACGUGGAGUUCGAAGAGCAAGAUAAUGCUUUGUCGGUUAAGCGACUACAACUGGACUAUGUCAAGAAAGUGGGGUAUGCCAACCUACGUUGCGACUGGGGUCCUGGGUGUCCAAAUGAAGUUCAACCGUUCCGUCAACUGGAAGGGCGCACCACAGAAAUCGCAUUUGCAGGUGCUUGGAUUGGAAUCUUCAAUAACACCGAUAUUCCUUACGAAGUUGGUACACCGUGCUGUGCCCAGUUCGUCGUCACAAGAGAGCAAGUGCAUGCACGGCCACUGAGUGACUACCAACAGUACCAUCGCUGGCUUCUGGAAACCCAGCUUGACGAUGAAACGAGCGGUCGUGUUUUCGAGUAUUUGUGGCAUAUCAUCUUUGGACAGGACGCUAUUUCUUGUCCGGAGAAAGAGCUAUGUUACUGGAAUCUGUACGGAAUUGAUAUCAGUGAACCAGUGGAUGACUUGGAUUUCGACGGGUCCUCCGGCAAUCCACCCCCUAUCAGUUCUGACGUAGAAAAUGGCCCUCAGCGAUCUGGCACAGAUGAUAACGAUCCAACUAGCGAUACGACCUUUGACGACGUUUCGAAACCGGAGGAUCCGCCCGCGACAAAUAAUCCUGCA